AAAUAUGGAGGGAACGCUACACGCCGAUCCCACGCACUACUUCCCCGCCACUCCCGAAAGGUGAUCGAUCCCUCCACUUGGUUCGAUCUCCUCCGGCAGUCGAUUAGGCUUCAAUUUUGAUUGUUCGUCUUGUCACAGCUUGUCGCGGGAGCGAAAAGAUGGAGGAGGACCAGGCGUCGGCGUGGCUCGAGGCGCAGACGAUCGCCAUCAGCGAGGACCUCGUCGCGGCCGCCGAGCGGCAGCUGGUGUUCCUUGCGGCGGUGGACCGGCGGAGGUGGCUCUACGUCGACGGCCCCUUGUUGGAUCACGCCAUCCGCAGGUACAAGGCUUGUUGGCUUCCUCUGCUAGCCAAACACUCUGAAUGUGGAACAACAGAUGGUUCUCUGUAUGUUCCUCUGGACUGUGAAUGGAUAUGGCAUUGUCAUCGAUUAAAUCCGGUUCAAUACAAGAAGGAUUGCGAAGAAACUUUUGGGAGGAUCCUGGAUAACCAUAAUGUCAUAUCCUCUCUGCAAACGAAAUCCAAACAUGAAAUGUCAGAGAAAUGGUCUAAGCUGUACCCAGAGGAGCCUUUUGAGCUUGACUGCAGCAGUACUUUCUCAGAGGAGACUUUCAAUAAGUGCCCUGGAGCUGCUUUGGCUUUUACAUAUGACUUGGUUUCUGCUGUUAAAAGGCAGUCUUCUUUCUGCUACCAGAUCUCAAGACCAUACAUGCUUGACAACCGUUUUCUUGAAGCAGCAGUGGCCAGAUAUAAGGGGUUUCUGCAUUUGAUCAAAACAAAGCGGAAUAGGUCAAAGAAACUCUUCUGUGUGCCAGCCUAUGACAUAGAUCUCAUAUGGCAUUCUCACCAGCUGCAUCCUCUUUCUUACUGCAACGACAUGAUUAAGCUGCUUGGGAAGGUACUGGAGCAUGAUGACACAGACUCUGACAGGUCCAAAGGAAAGAAACUUGAUGUUGGUUUUAAUGAAACGACCAAGCAAUGGGAAGAUACAUACGGUUUGAGAUACAGGAAGGCAGGUACAAUGUACAGAGGCAAUUGCCCUUCUCCCGUGAUAUCGGAUUUCUCUAGCCAUCUGGAAGUAAAUGAAACUAUCCCUUACAGAUCUCAGAAUCACCUUGUGCUUCCUCAACGGAUGGUUGUCGAGGUGCUUUUGGAGAUUGUGGGAAUAAAAAACUUGCCAGACGGUCAACACGGUGACUUGUUUGUGUCGUUUAGUAAGAAAAAACCAGAUAUGCUCUUCUAUGGUGGUACACUAGGCAUUCAAUCUGAAACUGGCAAGAGAGAUUCAGCUAGUUUCAAAUGUGAACCUACAGGGGAGCUUGUUUUGGCCCUCGUGUCCAAAUCGGAUUCCAAGAUUGACUCAUCCGUGCCAGCAAGAACUAUUGGGACAACGUCGAUUGCCCUUCAAGACUUGAUGAAUCCAGAGUCUAAAUUGUCCAUCGAGAAGUGGUUUGAAUUGAAGCCUCAAUCAGGAACUGUGGACUCUGAACCAGUUUGUCUAUUUGUUGCUGUGUCUUUUACUGUUCCAGUUCCUGCUCCCCUUGAACUUCGCAUGCUCAAGUCACAUCCUGUCUCCACCUUACCACUCCAGGAGAAGGAAAGGAUCAAAAGUUGGACCCGUUUCCUUGAUCAUAAUGGUGAUGAAGUCAUCUGUCUACAACUCAGGAAUUUGGAGAAACCAGAAGAGACAAACACCACUGCUUCAAAGAAGGAAGUUGUUGGCAUAUCAAGACUUUCGAGAAAACCAUGCUUGCUAGCAGAGUAUGCAGACAAUAAGUGGUCACUGAAUGACUGUAAUAUCUCACUAGUUGUUGAGAAGGAAAAAAAUCAAGAUGCACAUACAUUUGAGAUUAAAGGUGAUCCCCAGCUGAAGCUCUUCUUCGGCAAAAAGCUGGAAUAUGAAUCCAAAUGUUGCAAGGCGAGAAAUGACAAUGAGUUCAUCACACUUGUGGAGUUAUCAGCUGAAAGCCCCUAUGGAAAAGCAGUCGCAUUGUUCAGCAUGAAAUCAAACACUGUCGAGGUCAAAGAAGAGACGUUUGCUUUGCUUGGUAUCCUACUGGCAUUCAUAAUCAAGAAAGAAGGAUGCAAUGCCCUCUUUCCCGACAAAGAGGAGGCAGAAGAGAUCUCCUCCCCAGCAGUUACUGAAGCGAAGAUUGUCGAUUGUGGAGGUGGCUGUGGUGGUGGUUGUGGCGGUGGGUGUGGAGGUGGCUGUGGAGGUGGCUGUGGCAACUUUUUAAGCGGCGUUAAGUCUGGUGGUUGCGGCGGCGGAUGUGGUGGUGGGUGCGGCGGAGGUUGUGGAAAUAUAAUUGGAGGCAGCGAUUCCGGCUCCUGUGGUGGUGGUUGUAGCGGCGAGUACGGCAGUCGCUGUGGCAGUAAGUUGGCAGGUGACAAGGGAGGCGGCGGUUGUGGCAGCGGCUGUUCCGGUAGUUGCGGCGGCUGCGGGGCCGUCGUAGUUCCCAGCAACGCAAACGUGAACCCGGUUGCUGCUUAGCGGGAUGACACGUGUCGUCAAGGUGGGCGCUGUUGAUGCUUCGGAAUAAUGGAGCGUUUUGCUCCUUGUGCUGUUAUGUGCUGGUAUUAAAAGUCAACAUCGUGAUGAUUAUGGUCAAACCCUUAAAUUUGUAUGAUAAAUAAGACAGGCAGGCGGCAAUGAACUCCGCUACCAUCCACCAUUCAAAUGCAUUUCUACGGUUGUGACGGGCUUGAUGGUC